ACUAAAUGCAGGUACUUUGUUCCUCGGAAAAUCAGAACGAACAAUGGAACUCCAAAAAUCAAAAUCGAAGAAAUCAAACGAUGUUGCUCUGAGCUUCACAAAACAUCUAUUCUCAAAGAACCAUUAUGAGAAGAAGAAUCUCGUCUUUUCGCCCUUCAUUCUCAACGCUGCUCUUAGCGUCAUGGCUGCUGGUUCCGAAGGCCGCCCACUCCACGAGCUUCUCUCCUUCCUCCGAUUUGACUCCGUCGACGACCUCACCACUUUCUUCUCUCAUCUCCUCUCCGCUGCUGCUGCUCCUUAUAAUCUCUCUUUUUCCAAUGGAUUGUGGGCUGAUAAAUCGCUUCAACUUUCUCAUUCAUUCAAACAACUUGUGGCCACUCAUUACAAGGCCACUCUCAAUUCAGUUGACUUUAAGACCCAGGGUGAUCAAGUGCACCAUGAAGUGAAUUCAUGGAUUGAAAAAGAGACUAAUGGCCUUAUUACACAGGUUCUUCCUCCCGGAACAGUAACCAAAUUAACCAAACUUAUCUUUGCAAAUGCAAUAUACUUCAAGGGUGCCUGGAAACAUGACUUUGACCGUAGACCAUACCAUCAUAAAUUUGAUCUCCUUAAUGGCACUAGAGUCCGGGUUCCUUUCAUGACAAGUGAGAAGGAUCAGUUCAUUAGGGCUUUUGAUGGUUUUAAAGUCCUCCGUCUUUCUUAUAAGCAAGGUGGAGAUAAAAAACGCCGCUUCUCCAUGUACAUUUUUCUUCCUGAUGCAAUACAUGGACUUUCAACUUUAAUUGAAAAGUUGUCUUCAGAAUCUGAUUUCUUGAAAGACAAGCUUCCUCGGCGAAAAGUGCAAGUAAAUUCCUUCAUGAUUCCAAAAUUCAAUAUUUCUUUUUCAUUUGAAGCUUCUAAGGUGCUGAAGGAGCUUGGAGUGGUUUCACCUUUCUCUCAAUGGGAUAAUGCUUUGGAUAAAUUAUACGUGGAAAGCAUAUCUCACAAAGCUCUCAUUAAAGUAAAUGAAAAUGGCACUGAAGCAACAGCAGCCACUAUUGUGGAGAAGAUAUUUCUAGGUUGCUCUCCACCACGUCCGGUUGGAAUAGAUUUUGUAGCUGACCACCCUUUCCUCUUCUUAAUCAGAGAAGAUUUUACCGGAACAAUCCUCUUCGUUGGGCAGGUGGUCAAUCCUCUUGAUGGAGCAGCCACGCCGGUGAAGGUUAGCAACCUCUAUAGCUGAUUACAUUUCAUGAUUAGGACUUAUUCCUUCCUAUUGUGAUGGGGCUUGGCCUCUAAUCUGUGGCAUGUUUUAUUUAC